UAAUGGGAAAUUAAUGUUAAUGUGUCGAAAGCGAGAAAGAAACAGAAUAAGUAUUAACUCCAGCAAAAAAUUAUCAAUAACUAUAAUUAAAUGAUGAAUAGUAACAAGCUUUAAGUAAUUCAAUUGGCAAAACUCUUCAAAUAUAAAUUUGUGAGUAACCUUUGCAAACUCCUAUUGUAACACCUGGAAAGGCAUUGCCAGUAUCUUCAAGAUAUUUUGAUAAUAAACAAGUUUUAGCUAAUGAUAAUGGUAGUGAAAAUCAGAACAAGCAAUCAUUUGAAAAGAGUUAACAUUAAUAUGAAUUUGAAAAUGGAGCCAUUUAUAAAGGAGAAUGGGUAACAAAAUGUCUAUAAAGAUAAGAUUGGAGAUAUAAGAGAAGGGUUUGGAGAAUAAGUUUGGAAGGAUGGAGCAAAAUACGUUGGAUAAUGGAAAAAUAAUAAAGCUGAGGGUUAGGGUACAUUUUAUCAUGUUGAUGGAGACAUAUGUACAUAUUGAAUAUAUUGCCAGAUGAAGGAGAAUGGAAAGAUGAUAAAGCACAUGGAAAGGGAAAAUAUAUACAUGUUAAUGGAGCAUAAUAUGAUGGAGAUUGGUUUGAAGACUAAUAACAUGGAAAGGGAGUUGAAACAUGGACUGAUGGAAGUAAGUAUGAAGGAGACUAUAAAAAUGGAUAAAAAGAAGGCUAUGGAAAAUAUUUAUGGCCAGAUGGAAGUAGCUAUGAAGGCUAAUGGAUAAAUAAUAAAAUUAAUGGUUUUGGAAAAUAUAAUUGGGCUGAUGGAAGAAGUUUUGAAGGUUAUUGGUUGGCUAAUUAGAUGCACGGGAAAGGUAUAUACAAAUGGCCAGAUGGAAGAGUUUAUGAAGGAGAUUACAUCUAUGAUAAAAAACAUGGAUUCGGUACUUACAUUUGGAAUGAUGGUAAGAAGUAUGUUGGAAAUUGGUUUGAAGGUAAGUAACAUGGAAAAGGGUAAUUGAUUUUUGCAGAUGGGUAAAUUAUUGAAGGAGAAUGGCAUGAAGGCAAAAGAAUUAAAUGA